CUCUGAACUUCUCAAGCUGCGACUCCAGAUCCUCUCUCUCUGAAUAAAGAUUGAGCUUUACCCAGACUGCACAUUCCUUCCUCUGUCCCAGAUCUAAUUUUUGAAGAUUUGAAGAGGGAAGUUUUAAAAUCAACAGAUGAAGGGCUUAUAACCGAAACAUUGACGCUCCUGCUCCUCGGAUGCUGCCUGACUCCCCUGUGCUUUUCCAGUGCCACAUUUUUCGACUGACUCUCCAGCAUCUCCGGUCCUCACUUUGAUGUCACUGUCUAACAGUCACUCAGUCCACUGGGGCCAGCAAAGAUUUUCGACCAUGAUUUCUGUGAGAGGGAUCAACGCUUUUUGGUUCCUGUCUGAGUUUGUUUUCAGCAUCAGUGGGACUGGACGAGAGACCCCACUGUUGCAGCACACUGUGCGUGGAGCCUGAAACCGUUAUACGGCCUGGGAAGGGGAUUUCACGGCAGGGAGGGGCUCUCCACGUGUUUGUGUGCAGCUGAAGCUGUGGCCAUGGAGAAACCCGAGGAAUCCCGCCCUGUGGAGAAACCGUGGAAGUGUGGGGACUGUGGGAAAGGCUUCCGUUUCCUGUCUGCCCUGGAGACUCAUCGGCACAGUCACACCGGGGAGAGGCCAUUCCCCUGCACCGAAUGUGGGAAGGCCUUCAGACAUUCCUCCCACCAGCAGGACCACACGGGGGAAAGGCCCGUCAGCUGCCCCGAGUGCGGGAAGGCCUUCGUGUUUUUCUCCGCCCUGUUGGCCCACCAGCGGGUCCACACAGGAGAGAGGCCGUUUAGCUGCCCAGAGUGCGGGAAGGCCUUCAGGUAUUCCUCCACCCUACUGAGCCACCAGCGUGUCCACACGGGGGAGAGGCCCUUCAGCUGCCCUGAGUGUGGGAAGGCCUUCAGCGAUUCCUCCACCCUGCGGAGCCACCGGCGUGUCCACACAGGGCAGAGGCCCUUCAGCUGCCCUGAGUGCGGGAAGGCCUUUACCCACGUCUCCUCCCUGAUGAGGCACCAGCAGAUCCACACGGGGGAGAGGCCCUUCAGCUGCCCUGAGUGUGGGAAGUCCUUUACCCAGGCCUCCACCCUGCUGACCCACCAGCGGGUCCACACGGGGGAGAGGCCCUUCAGCUGCCCCAAGUGCGGGAAGGCCUUCAGCAAUUCCUCCACUCUGCUGACCCACCAGCGGGUCCACACAGGGGAGAGGCCGUUCACCUGCUCUCAGUGUGGGAAGGGCUUCACCUGCUCCUCCAACCUGCGGAGCCACCAGCGGGUCCACACGGGGGAGAGGCCCUUCAGCUGCCCCGAGUGUGGGAAGGCCUUCAGCACAUCUUCCUCCCUGCUGAGGCACCAGCGGAUCCACACCGGGGAGAGGCCGUACAUCUGCUUUCACUGCGGGAAGGGCUUCACCUACUCCUUCCACCUGCGGAAGCACCAGCGAGUUCACGUGCAAUUGCAGGGGGAUUGAAGGAGUGACGGCCGAGUCCCAUUAUUGAUUGGAAUAUCAACCCGGUUCCGGGGACUCCCAGGUCUGAAUCCCGCCACGACAGAUGGCAGAAUUGGUAUUCGGUCAGAAAUGUGGAGUUCGGAAUCUAACGAUGAGACCGUUUCAGGGAGGGGGUGGUGCGGGGGAGAAAGCCCCCAUCUGAUUCACUCUCUCCCUUGUUAGGAAAGGGAACCGCCAUUGUGGGAAAGGAUUCACUCAGUCGUUCCAGCUGCAUCCUUUACCCGGUCUGGCCUACACGUGACUCCAGACCCACAGCAGUCUGGUUGACUCUACACUGCCCCUUCCUGGCAAAGGAGCGGGGAGAAACUUAACUGGAGACACUAAACCGGGUUGAAAUUGCUGAGCGAGUCAAUGCUUCCUCCGGGUUAUGGCUGUACCAAGGAUCCAAUUACAAAGGGACAGCUUGGUGCUGACCAAUAGUAAAGACAGUGAGGGUCGGGGGGAGGGACAGGGGAGGUGUGGUGUGUGCACUUUCACCUUGAGCUGUUCAAAAAGCAACUACUUUUUCUCUGCCUUUUUGCUGGGGGGAUCUGAACCUGUA